UCUCUUCUUCUGCAACAAAAACCCUAAAGACCACGAGGUUCCACCAUUCUAACUAUGAUCCCUCAUUCCUACACCGUUGAUACUAUCUCCCAAUCACAAGACCUAGCCUCCAAAAUCCUCUCCUCAUCAACUGCCCAACAAAUUCUCUCCGUCUGCGCCUCUAUCGAAUCCUUCCUACACGCCCACUCUUCCGAUCAGUCUCGCCACUUCUUCUCCCUCACCUUUCCAACUCUCAUCCUCAAACUAUUCGGUUUCACCAAUGACCCCUGUGCUGCUUCACCUUCACAAUCCAACGGUUGGAUCGAUGUCAUCUCCUCAUCCAACGAUCCUGAUAUCGCUUCUAGGGUUUUCCACCUCCUUUCCCCUGACGGUAUCGUAUUUAACUCAAUUUUCGCCGUUGAUAGAAAAUCACUGGUCAAAUUCGUCUUUCCGACCGAACGAUUACCGGAGUGGGCCCGGUUCAUGCUUCGAAGCGAAAAAGACUCAAAAAUUCUCUCUAAUUUGUGCUCCAUUUUUAAAGGUAAUGUAAAAGAAGAUACAAAUAAAGGAAUAGGUUCAGUGCAUCAGAUUCAGUUAAAUGUUUUUGAGUAUUACAUGUUUUGGUUCGCUUAUUACCCAAUUAGUAGAGGAAAUAACGAAAAUAAUAUCGAUAUUAAUUUAAUCAAGAGAUCAAAGAAAGAGAAAUUUAGGUUAGAAAAUUGGACGUAUGCUAUUCCAGGUUUUUCGAGUAAUGUUAAGCGUGGUACAGAGCAAAAGAUUGAAUGUAAUCUUUACUUACGGCUUUUGUACGCGUACUUGCGCGAAUUUGUGCCCAUUAGUGAUUUAAAUGUGCACCAGCAACCAUAUCGUAGCUCACUUUUGAAUUACACAAGUGGUUAUGAUGGUUCAGUUAUAUUGCGCGCGGAGUUUUUGGUUGAUGCAUUUGUGAACUAUUGGCUUAUUGAUAAUGAUUUUUCGCCCUUGACUGUUAAUGUGUGCAAGUACUUUGGUGUGUCACAUCGGUUCUGUUCAGUUUUGGGGGAGACCCCACCAACAAGUGGGUUAGGAGAGCUAGUUAAGUUGUUUGUUAAGUACUUGAAUUUGAAUUCUGUUGUGGUUAUGAAGGAGUGUGAGAAUAUUGCUGAGUAUAGUGGGAGUCCAAAAUGGAGGGUCUCGGAGUCAGUUUUGUUUGAUAGUAGUGUGAAGACUAGGGAUUUAGCAUCCGUGGUGCCUUAUGUGAGUGGUGUUGGAUCUUGGAAUGCAAUGAUACAAAGGCCACUUUAUAGGUUUAUAUUGAGGACUUUUUUGUUUUGCCCCAUGGGAACUUCAAUGAAGAAUGCAUCUGAGGUGUUUUCGGUUUGGGUUUCCUAUAUGGAGCCAUGGAGGGUUAGCAUGGAGGAUUUUGCAGAGCUUGAUGCUGUUGUGAAUGGAUCUAGUAAGAAUGUGAGGACUGAGGAUUCUCAGUCUCAAGCUUGUGGUUAUUCAUCUUCAUGGCAAGGUUAUGUGCUGUCAAACUAUCUAUAUUACAGCUCCUUGGUUAUGCACUUUAUUGGAUUUGCACACAAGUUUCUUCACACUGAUCCUGAAGUAAUCAUCCAGAUGGUAUUGAAGGUUAUGAAUGUAUUGACAUCAGCUAAAGAGCUGAUCGACCUUGUAAAGAAUGUAGAUGCUGUUUAUCAUUCCAAACCAGCUGGUUCUAGCAAAUCUAAGCCCAAUAGCUUAUAUAGAUAUGUUCCUUCUAUACGUGAACAGCUGCAGGACUGGGAGGAUGGCUUAUGUGAGAGUGAUGCUGAUGGAUCUUUCUUGCAUGAAAAUUGGAACAAAGAUUUACGACUAUUUCAUGAUGGUGAAGAUGGUGGACAACAACUACUUCAGUUGUUCAUAUUGCGUGCAGAAGCUGAGUUGCAAGCCAUUUCGAGUAAUAGUCUUGCCAACAACCUUCAAUGUAUAGAUUCACUGAAAACCCAUGUAAGCUGCUUUUUUGGUGGGCAUACUAUAAAGCCAAUUCCCUUUUCACUAGAAACAGAACAGCGACAGCAAUCUCGGGAUGAAAUAUUUAAGCCCAAAAGAGUUGGAAACCAUGCAUUGGCUAAUAUCAGAUACAAGGGCGAUUGGAUGAAGCGCCCCAUUUCAGAUGACGAGGUUGCUUGGCUUGCAAAACUGCUCAUAUGGUUGUCGGAUUGGCUGAAUGAGAGUUUUGGGCUAAAUCAGCAAGAGAGGCAGGCUGAAGGCCCAAAAUGGCCGUAUAUGGAGGUCGCAGGUGACUUAGUGGGAAAUGUGGAUGGGCCUAUGGAGACCACAAAGGCAGUGAUAUAUACAAUUCGUUCUUGGCUUCUAAUGUUGGUUGCAACAUCAGUGAAGUUAAUGAGGAAACAUGGUAUGCGGGUAAAUCUCAGGAUUUUAGCUUCGAAGAAGAUUGUUAUGGUUUUGUUUCUCUUUACUGUAUUUAGUGUAUUGAAAAAUGUUUUCCGACUGUUUCAUAGAGCAUAAAUGAGAUUAUAGGAACAACAAAAAAUGGAGAAAAAAUAAGGGAAAUGUUUCUUUUUUCUCCAAGGUUAACGGUAAAUGAAUUUUGUUGUAAGUUUGAUCUGUGCAGCAUGGAGAAUAUGUUUCAUA